AUGGCAGACGACUCCAAGAGCGGCAAGUCCAGAAGCAGCCGUGUCGCCAACUCCGUCAACGAGAAGGCUCAGGGAAUUCUCAAGGAAGAUCUCAACAAAGUCAAGGGGGUGGCAUAUCAAGCGCUCAAGAGCAAGGCGUAUCUAUAUCCGAUCAAGGCACGACCGUCUACCAAGUCUACCUUUGUGGCAACACAUCGUGGCUAA